UUUUCAGAUUGAGAUAUGAAUAUAGUUAACGCCGUCUUGUCGGUAUUGUUCCUGUUUGGACAUGUGAUGUGUCAAGACACUUCAGAUAAUUAUGAUACAAUAGAUCAAUAUACACAAGAAGGUAGAUUUUAUCGAGGGCAGUUUGACAGAGGAUCUGGGGGGUCGCGGGAUAUAGGGUUGGGAAGCAGAAGUAGAACAGCCGAAUUUUUCAACAGCAAUCUUCAGUUAGACAACGUGGCUCAGUUUAGAGGUUCACCAUCAGGAAUAAGUCUUGGAGGUCCUUCAUUGACACGUGGCUUUGGUGGUUCACGCAGGGGUCAAGGUAUUCAAGAAGAUCCUUCGUUUAUAAGAAGACUCCUUGGAAGUACAGUUAUAGGACGUGAAAUGCGCAUGGGCGAACGUGGUCUACCACGACAUGGUGGUGCAGGAAUUGGGGAACAAUACGCCGACGGGAGAAAUAGUGGCUGGGACGGUAAUCCACAAACUCUUACAACUCAGUACCAGAACAGCUGGUCCGAUCCUUUUCAAGGCCAACCUAUCCCUCAACUUCCGGUAGGAUUCAAUGGAGAUUUCGGCUCAGUUAGAGGAAUGUUCGGAAGUAUGGGAUUACCCCCUCUGCGCGUACCUGGUCAAUUUUUAUAGACAAAGUGUUCCUAGAAAUGAAACAUAGAUAAAGCUCUUAAAGAAAAGAAGUUUAUAGAAGCUUAAAGAAGGUAAUAGAAGCGUAAAACAUCCAGAGCAAACCAAACACACAAGCAAACAAAACAUGGAGACACAUAUUAUCUUGUAUCAAUUAUUUUUUUUUUUACACAAAUGAUGACGUUUUCCCGGAAUAAUAUUUUAAGCAUAGCAAAGUCAGAAAAAUAAGGUUGGCGGAAGUAUUCAACGAUUGAGAUUUUCAAUGAUAUAAACUAUUAUAACAAUUUAAGAAAUAUUUACAAAAUUAACCUUUAUUUUUAUUUGUAAAAGUGGGAGAGAGAAUGUGAUUUAGGAAUGUUUUAAAUUAUCAGCGUAUCUAAGUUGCGUGAGUUGUUUUGUAUAUAAUUUCAGAAAACUUUUUUUUUCAAAUU